GUGAUCAAAGAUUAGGAUAUAAAACACACUUUCUCGAUCAGAUUCCGGCCACACUCUUUUGAGAUCACAUUCUUGCUUUGUUCUUUCAGAAGACGAUCCUUCGCAGUGAGGAACCCAUGAUGGCGAGAGAGAUAAGUAUACCAAGCGAAGAUGAGUUUGACAUCCUCACUGUGGCAGAAGCCGCCCUUCGAGACGUCCCGAGUGCCCUGCCUGAUAUAGUAUGUGUGGGCGACACAAUAGAUACUGAUAUGCAAGAAGGAUUUUUAAGGGGCCACGGAACGCAAGUGGUAGACAGCAAAUUGGUAGCAACUGUCUGUGGGCUUGUGGAGCGCGUCAAUAAGCUUGUUUCUGUCCGGCCACUGCAGCAAAGGUACUCGGCGGCACUGGGUGACAUUGUGAUCGGCCGGGUUGCAGAGGUAGCAGGGAAACGAUGGAAGAUAGAUCUCAAUGCUAGGCAGGACGUGGCUCUGCAGCUGUCCUCUGUGGAUCUGCCAGGCGGUGCUCAGCGACGGCGCACAGCAGAGGAUGAGAUCAACAUGCGCAGCAUUUUUCAGGAGGGCGAUCUGAUAAGCGCAGAAGUCCAGUCUUUACAUGCAGACGGCUCCAUUGCGCUCCACACACGCAGCACAAAGUAUGGCAAGUUGAGCGGAGGUCAAGUUGUGACGGUGUCGCCUAACUUGAUCAAGCGACAGAAGCAGCACUUCAAUGUUCUCGCCAGUCUAGGGGUGGAGAUCAUUCUGGGGUGCAAUGGCAUGAUAUGGGUGGCACCCCAGGCAGAAGGUAGCGAGAAUGGUCAUGCUGCAGGCAGCGAGCAGCAGUCAAUACCCAACAGGACAGUCCCCCCUCAGCAGCGAAAAGCAGUGUGCCAGGUUGCCAAUGCCGUGCGCUUGCUUGCCCUGCUGAACAUGCUCAUAUUCCCGAGCAGCAUCCUCAAUGUGUGCAAGGUCAGCAGCGAUGUCGGCGUGGAUGCAGAUAGGAUGCUGCAUCCAGACUUUAUCCCAACAUUCCUGCAAGAUGAAGCUAACAGGAGGUUGCAAGAGUCCCUGUGAAAAGUGAUUCAGAGAAAAGCAGUUGCUGGGAAGUAUGAAAUGCCUUAUCAUUGGGUUCUCCUUUGCAUUCACAGUCUUGGCGUCAUCAUGCUCCUGUGGUCUUGCCUUGUCGUCUGGGUUUAGACAGUGAUAAUGCACACAGUACAUGAAAUCAAAUAGUAACGAU